UGGAGAAGGGCAGUGGAGGUGAUGAUGUAGCUGAGGGGUUGUUAGGCCUGGAGAAUAGAAGGCCCACAGGAGACCUUAUAACUCCUGCUACUACCCAAAAUAAGGCUGUAGCCAGGUGGGAGUCAAUAUCUUCUCACAGGCACUAGAAUAAAUCAACAAACAGUUCUAAGUACGAAGCAAAGAAGAUUAAGAUUUCGGUAUCAUUGGCAUAUAAUCAACAGAGUUCUUACCCUUCCUGGAAAUGAAUCAUCCAUCUUUUCUUGUUAAAAAGGUCUUUUGAAGGGCAUAGAACACACCAUUUCCCAAGAGCUGUGUUCACACAGAGAGCUAACAUUUCUGGAUGCAGAGAGACAAGAGAACUUUGUUUCCUUGGCAACUGGAGCCACCAGAAAGCAUUUCCAGCAUCUGUUACCUUUACACAGGCUCACUAUCACUUUAGCCUUUGGUUAAUCAUGUAGUAAAAACAAAUAUUAGGUGAAGAAGCCUCUUGAUAGUGUGCUCCACUUAAGUCAUGUGGUCUCUUCUCCAGCCCCUAGAAUAAGUGAUCUCUGGAGAUGAUCCUGUUCCAAAGUGUUCAGUGUUAUAGUUCGUGGCUGAACCUCAAGGUCUGUCCGAUCCUGCACAUUUGACUGAAACCCAUAAAAUGUCAUGGUUUUCUAGAAAACAGUGUCAGGAACUAAACAGCUUUCACUCAAAGCCUGAGUGUGCUGAGGUGAUGGAGCUGGUCUGUGCUGCAGCAUGGUGAGCAGAUGACAUGGUGCUGCACAGUUAUGCCUGUGAUUCAAAGUGGUUCAUUCUUACCUCUGAGUCAGGGCUGAAUUAACGUCCCACCACAUCUUUGAGGUUUUAAAAUACUGUGCUGAUGGGGGCAGCUCUUUAGCUUUUGGUAAGAAAAAAGACAGUGCUGAAGCCCUUCCUACCUGCUAUUGUUAAAUAUCACAUAUUUCCCUCCCCCCAGGUUUCUUAUUCAUUCAAAGAAUUUCACUAGGAUUGUAAAAGAAAAUGCUUCACAGACACAAAAUUUCCAGUUUAUGUUUGCCCUUCCAUUUAUAUUUAGCAAUAUCGUAUAGCUGACUUCUAAUUGAGGCAGAGAGCCUGGAGAAAGUAAAAAUUUGUGUAAAUGCUGUAAUAUUGUAGUCCCUAGGUUUCAGGCAGCUGAAUCUGAUAUUUUUUUUCAGUUUUGAGACCUGGAAUUUAUAACUUAAACAAUUUUCUAUAAUUAUGGAAUUUGAUAUAUAGCUUUGUAUUAAUUUUAAAAGUACAAGUCAUUUCUGUUGUGUUUUACAGAGUCCAGUGAGGUGAGCACUUUUGUGUCCAAAGUAUUACAGCAAAGACUUGGAGGGCAUGCAAGACACGUGUUUGUAAGAGCAUUACUGGAGGAAAAUGGCAGCUUCUUCUCUAAAUAUUUUCUUACUUUCCUUUGAAAGCAGGGCCUUCUGUCUCAUGUAGGCCCUUAGAGGGAGCAGGGGUUUCUGGCAUUGAUGUGUGGGCAGUCUGGGUUAGGUCACCCUGCCUUUCUCUGCCCUGUGACUCCAGGACACUCUGCCCUUUUCCACAGGACUGUUGGGAAGGGUGCAGAGGCACUGUGCAGUCAGGGGUUGAAGGAGAGGAAGAUGGUGAUGCACACUGGUUCUCCCUCUGUGUUUAGUUUUCCUUUCAAUAUCAUGGCAGUUGUUCCUGGUACCUGCAGUGAGACCAGUUGCUGCUGAUAAUCCUGAAAUUCAGGUUUUCAUUUGCAAAGCCAGUGCAAGAAAGGAUAAGAUUAUUUUUUAAAGGUGCAUAUGAUUUUGAUUUGACUUUCAAAAGACAACCCAUUCCCCUUAGCCAAGAACUUUCUUUCUACUGUAUCACAAGGUCCUACAGCAACCAAGAGCCAAAGUUGGGUCUCCAACAUAGAACACACAUAAACAAAAAGCAUCCAGCAACUUAAACAUUGCCUCUGGCUCAACAUGUAAUUUGCAGAGUGGUGGUCAAACUCCACCUCCUUCUAGUCCCAUGUAGUUACAUUGCAAACUCCAUGAAUGGCCAGUGACUACAACCGUGGGAACAUCUUUUUUGUCCUUACUCUAAGAUCUGUGGAGAGUUUCAGCACAGAAUUUAGCUAGAGAAUGAGCAGCUUACACUGUCCAACCAUUGGUGCUUCAAAAAGCUGUGAGUCUGCUAUUUAUCUUACUUUUGUAAGAUAAAUACUUAUCAUCUGUGUUGUAGAUUUACUCAGAGCAAUAAUAGGUUUCCUUCCCCAUAUAGAAGUUUUGGAUCCACCUGUAGCAAUUGGAGAGUGAGAAAAUGAUUGCUCAUAAGAGCUAAAUUAUCAAUGAGUGCUAAAACAGUGCUAUCUUAAAUCUGUCCUGUUUUACAGAAUGUGAAAAAUUCUGGGGAAGAUGCUAAGAAGUUGAAAAUUGCCAGUAUAAUUAUUUAUGAGAAGAUACAGAAACAGUGGUUCCUUUCAGUACAUGGGCAGGAGACCAUGGAUUGCAGAGGAUAGCACCAGAAAUGGAGUACAUUUUAUUUUAGGAUCUACUUAAUCUUCAAAAAAUGAAUUCUUCUUAGUUUUGUGUCCCUGUCUAAGGGACAUUUCUGUCACACAUUUAUUAUUUUUGAUUUUUAUUCAUCAUCAUGUGGAAAAGUGAAACUUUUAGACAGCUCUAUACACAUGAUCAUGAGCAGUUACUGAAGUUCUGGAGAAAACAGUGACCACAGUCAAAGCCAUUAUCACAUUUGAACAAGCCUUUUCCUCUAAGAGAGGGGGUUCUGUACCUUGUAAGCCUCCUACAUGAUUUCUCACUCAGCUGACAUAAUUUAGUCUCUUGAUUAUAGGUUUAGAAGAAAAAUAUUUGUUUAGAAUAGAAAACAGACAUAUCACAGACACUCAACAAGAGGAGCAUGAAGUAAGGUUUCAAGAUUGGAAAAGCUUGAAGGAAACCCACAGCCCCUCUCUCCAGAGACUGUUUUUCCUGCUGCACACUUUGAGAUGCAGCCAGUCUGACUGUUCCCAGCCUCUUCCAAAGGAAUAGGAAUAGCUCAGGCUCUGUCUCUUCUCUUCCAAUUUGUCAUUUAGAGAGAGUUCUGGUGGGGAUUUCAAGGUCUGUGUGCAAGUUAAAAGAUACUUGAACAAACAUAUUGGUGCCUUGCUAACUCCUGCUUGAGGGAGUAUAUUAGGGAUAAGCUCUGAGGGAUGUGAUUUCUGUACACACCACCUCCCUGUUUCUAGCUGCAGCUGGGAGAAUAAAACGCUGCAGGGAAUUCUGGGCUUCUCACACAGUGUGGGACAGCUUGAAAAAAACUGUACAGUAAUUAGGGUGCCCCUGUUUUCUUUGGUAGCCAGCUUCUGACUUUGGAGUUGCAGGUGCAAAGGAUCAGGGGCACAGCUACCCAGUGAGAAAUGUUUUGGACACACAGUUGUGGAGUCAAGAAAGAGCUGAUGGACCAGGCAAGGCAUCUAAACUUAAAAUUCCUCUUUUAUUCAAUGUCUACUAGUCUGAAAUCCUGUGGGAUUCAAUAAGGCAAACAGGAUUAUUUCUUGAGGCCUGAGAGUGCAGGGGAAUUGAGGAAAGAAAACUUGGAAAAGUGUAUUAAAAUAAGCAUUCAUUCACAACAGAACUUAUUUCUUGCUUUUCUUUUAAUUUAUCUGCAUCUCAGUGUUUAGAAAGAAGUCAUGUGAGCUUCUGAGCUGCGGGGACAGAGACAGCGGAGAACGUGUGCAUCAGUGCAGAGUGCUGCUGGAGCCCUGGCAGAGCGAGAGGGAGGCAGAGGGAGCCUGAGAGAGAAAAGGCGAAGUGGUGGGAGCUGGAACAGCAGCAGCUGCUGCUGCUGCACGGUGCAGCUCAUGCCUGGGAACCGGCUCUGCUGCCAGCACGCCUCUCUGAGGAUGCAGGUGCCUCACAUCCAAAAGUCCUAGGUGGUCAGUGGCACUUCCAGGGGCCAAGCACAGCGGCUUUAUUCUUUCCUUUUCCUGCCAAGAGCACCUGUUUGAGGACUCCGCUUCUUUUCCUGGACUGAAAGCAUACUUGCCUUCUGCUGUGUGCACUCCUCCUUCUCUCCCUCCUGCCCGUGGGGACUGUACCCCUAUGGAUGCCCCCAUACAGAUUUUCCGUGAGGAGCCAGACUCCACCUGCUCCCCAGGGCCCUGCCGCCCCCCCAGCACCAGCAGCAGCUGGGCAGACUAUGACAGCAACGCCACUGGGCUCUUUGGGGACGGCCAGCACAACCACACCAGCAUCUCCCCUGCCAUUCCCAUCAUCAUCACCGCUGUCUACUCGGUGGUCUUCGUUGUCGGCUUGGUGGGAAACUCCCUGGUCAUGUUUGUCAUCAUAAGGUACACAAAGAUGAAGACAGCGACCAACAUCUACAUCUUCAACCUGGCUAUGGCAGAUGCACUUGUUACCACGACCAUGCCUUUCCAAAGCACCGAGUACCUGAUGAACUCCUGGCCCUUUGGUGACGUGCUGUGUAAAAUAGUGAUUUCUAUUGACUAUUACAACAUGUUUACCAGCAUUUUCACACUCACCAUGAUGAGUGUUGAUCGAUACAUUGCUGUGUGUCACCCUGUGAAGGCUCUGGACUUUCGUACUCCUCUCAAAGCAAAGAUAAUCAACAUCUGUAUCUGGCUGCUGUCCUCAUCUGUUGGUAUAUCAGCAAUAGUUCUUGGAGGCACCAAAGUCAGGGAAGAUACUGCUAGCACUGAAUGCUCCUUGCAGUUUCCAGACAGAGAUUAUGUGUGGUGGGACAUCUUCAUGAAAAUCUGUGUCUUUGUCUUUGCGUUUGUUAUUCCGGUUCUCAUUAUCAUUGUUUGCUAUACUCUGAUGAUUCUGCGCCUGAAAAGCGUACGGCUUCUCUCCGGGUCUCGCGAAAAAGAUCGAAACCUGCGCCGCAUCACCAGGUUGGUGCUCGUGGUUGUGGCAGUCUUUAUCAUCUGCUGGACUCCUAUUCACAUUUUCGUGCUCGUUGAGGCCUUAGGGGACGUGUCCCACAGCACUGCUGCCAUAUCCAGCUAUUACUUCUGCAUUGCUUUGGGUUACACCAACAGCAGCCUCAACCCAAUCCUUUAUGCAUUUUUGGAUGAAAACUUCAAGAGAUGCUUCAAGGACUUCUGCUUCCCCUUCAAGAUGAGGAUGGACAGGCAGAGCACCAGCAGAGUCAGAAACACUGUGCAGGACCCAGCUUACAUGAGGGAAGCAGGUGGGGCAAACAAACCUGUAUGACUAGUCGUGGAAAUGUCCUCUUACUGUCCUCAGGAGAGAGAGGAGUCCAAUGACCUAGGACUGACACAGAUUACAACUGCAGUUUGAGAUUGACUCACCCAGACAGACAUUUCUGGAAUAUUUAAGAAAUCCCAGCAGUUUGAACUAAAGCAAGUUUAUUAUUGAUAAACAAGAAUCUCCUGAAAAUCGGCUCAAAUGAAAAGGACCUGGAUGAUGGUCAGGUUUUGGCACCAUAUCUGCUGUACUUGAGCCAACACUAAAACACACUUUUGAAGAGUGAAGAGAUAGUGUUGCACCAGGUGAUUCCGGAUAAGAAUAGUUCUCACUCUUCUCUUUACAAUAGGUAACAUCUUAAAAGGCAACAAUUGGUCAUAAAACUGAACUAUACCAGAAACUUCUGCCCCAACAGUGAUUGCUUCUAAAGUAUGGAGUUUGACAACUUGAUCCUCUUUAACAGUAAAGGGUGUUAGGUUUCUGUGAACAAUGCCACAGCUAUAAUCAAUAUUGUCUUCAAUUAAUAUAUCUGUAACCCUUGUUUGUGCUGUGAAAAUCCAAUUUGAGCAUGAUCUACCCACACACCAAAGUAGAUUUUAUUGUGUCUGUGUAUGGUAAAGCCUUUUGGCAUUCAAAGAUACUGUAACUUAAUGGGAAUUGUUAUCACAUGUUUAAUCACCUUUGUGUAAUGUUUUGUACGUGUGAUUUUCCAAGGUGGUUGUUUCUUUAUUGAGUCUGAAUAAUAUAAUAUGCAUUUUCAGAGUGUAUAUUGAACAAAAGGCUAGAAAACUUCAAAUGCUUCACUUGUUACAAAAUUGAUGAAAAGUCGUGUUACAUUCAUUACAUGGAGGAGACACUCUCAUAUGUAACUUGUUUUCCUGGACAAUAUGUAAGCAGACUGAAAUAAAUAUUUGACAAAUUAGAAAAAAGGGAAGUAGCACAUGAACUAACUGUGUUGAUACAAUGGAAAUUAAAUAUUACUGAAUGCUUUAAUGGCAUUUGAUGGAAAAAGAUCAUGGUUUAUUGAUGCUGAUAUAUUUUCUUUGAUACAGUCCUAUGACUUCAGUAAUUUUCUCUGCUUUCCUGUGAAGGUGGAGGUAUCAAGACACAGAUAAAUAAGUUACUAGCUUGCUGAAGGUAAGUUUAUGGUGAAAUGGAGCUUAACUCCCAGUCUGUAGACUUUUGUCUUCCUGAUGUUAUAUAUUGCAAAUCCCACUACUGCUGUUGCUGAAAUAUGGAGGAAUGCGCUCAUUAUCUUUACCCUGAACAGAUACACCAUACAUCUUCUUGUUAAUUUUGUUCUUUAUACAAAAGAAAGAAUAAUGUGGGUGCCUUCCUUUUUCCUGGAAAAUUUUCGCAGAAACACAAUCUGGUUUGGUCCUAUCAGACCAAAAAUGCUUUAUGCACACCAGUACAAAUAAUGAAUUUUUUAUUUAGCUGGCAGUCCAGUUCCUAUGGAAGUGCUAUAGAAAGUCAGCCUUCUGCAGGACUUAUAAUAUACUUUAUUGUUAAUACAGUCAUGAUGUAAAAUAUUUUUGAUAUCAAUUUGAUAAAUGCUGUUGUUGAAAUAACCAAGACAACUCUUUCUGGACAAGUCUAGCACUUUCUGAUUGUUUCUACAUGAAGAAUGAUUAGCUGACCUCAGGAUGCUUGCUUUACCUGGGGAAGUGAACGAUGCUUUCACAGCUGCUGAGUCUCACCUCCUAUUCUGUCAUUCAUCCAUUUUUUUAAUAUGCAACCACCUUUCUAAACUAAGUCCUGACCUUUAAAUAGCCACAAAAAGAGAAUGUUUAAAGUAAAAUUUGAAAAUCCAAGGCAUUUAUCGAGUUAGGAGCAAGUGAAAUGGGAAAGAACUAGAAUUUAAUUAACUAUUUUCAUUCAAAAUAACCUAUUUUCUUGUUAAUGACUUACCAUUUGCAUAUGUAAGUCUGUGCUUGAAUAGGGUUUUUGUUCUACACAUUAUGUGCAAUGCUUUGCAUUGUAAUGAAAAAUCAAUGCUCUUAAUUUGCAAAAAGGAGGCUUCUAAUAAUAUUUUUGAGGUUUAUGUUUUUAAGAAGGAGUUCAUAAUUUCUAUCACAGUAGGAGGAAAUUAUAACUUCCUAACAAUUAAGCUUGCAAAAUGUUAUAGCAAUGUGUCCUUAAGGUUUAUUUCUGUAAUUGAACAUUAACAGGCAAAUUAGUUUGAAUACACUAGAAAGGUGUCUUGGAAGUUUUCUUGUCAAAUUGAGCAGCUUACUGCACUUCACUGAAAAACAGCAGAAAACUGGCCAAGAUAUCUUUCACACAUGAGAAAGUACAUUAAAAAUGAUACUGUGGUUUUGCUCACAGAGUCUGCUUCUAGAUGAUGGAAUUCCCAUUGCAAAGCACUUCACUUUCUUUGUAACUCCAAGCCAAUGACUUGCCUUCUCUCUUGUGCUGGCUCCAGGAUGCUGCAAGAGGUGAAGGCAGGGUAGGAGCUGCCUGGCCCAGGAGUAGGUCUGGGUGGGGAAUGGGGCAGCAAGGACAGGCUGUGCUGUCCCAUGUGGGGCAGACACAUGCAGGCAGUCUGGGAAUUGGUUGUACUUGCUGCUACCACUCUUAUCUCCCUUUCUUUUAGGAGGUUCCAAAAAUUCAAUACUGCAAAAGCAUGGUUAUGGACCUGCUUGUGGGGCCAAAUUCCAAUCAAUCAACUAGUGUGGAUAGCUAAUAUGUCACUUUCUGUGUUUCUGCUUCUUUUAACUGAGAAAUCUUUUAUUUGGAAAAUACAUUUGAUAUUCUGGUUCAGGACAGACCAACACAUGGCAGAGAAAUGAUACUCAGAUGCUGAGAAACCCCAAGUUUAGUUAAUGAGCAAUAUAUCAACAAGAUGAGAAAUUCACAGGAAAACUGAGAAUGAAAUUUCUGUCCUGUGAAAGGCAAAGGGAAAAUACACCAUUUUGAGCCAGAAUUCUUCUUGGUUCUGCUAAAUUAGUGUAGUCUUUGCAAAGAAGACAGGAAGAUUGUGCUGGGAUUUUAUUUUCCUCAAUUGUUUAUCGAUUCUUAAUCAAACAUAAUCAUUGUAAAUAUGGCUCUGUUCUUCCCAGUGAAGUUUUUUUCUUCAGAAGAAAAUGUGGAUUCAGCAAAAUUGAUUGAGUUUGUGAUAACUUAUGUAAUCUGGCAAAUAAGAAACAUAGUUGUGCCUGGCUAUUUUUUAACUGGAUCUCACAGGUGUGCCAUACAAUAUAGUGAGUACAUCUAUUCAAUGCCAGAGUGAUAGACUGAAAGAUAUUUCAACUGACUGAAUCAAAGUGUUUUGGCUUGGGUUUUUCUUUUUGUUGGACUGCAUGUGGCUUGGGAACUGUUGGUGCAUAAAGCUCUGACAUGCAAGGUGGAAUGACUUCAGACCGCAGAUUUUGAUCAUUUAGUUAAAAGUGUUUUGAUGUGCAGCUGUGUGGCUGAUGCAAGAGAGUGUGCAAGCACUGGGAGCUGCUUGCUGAAGGGAAGGGCUGUAUGCAAGGGCUGCUUAGUUUUAAGCUACACCACUGUGAUUUAACCCCAGCUGGCAACAAAGAGCAAUGGAGUUACUUUCUCACUGCCUGUUCCUGCCCCUCCAAAAACUUGUGGGUUGGGAUAAAAGCAGUUAAAUAAUGGAAACAAAGUAAAAAAUACUAAUAUGGAUGCUAAUGUUAAUGCUAUUAUUAAUAAAAAGGAGACAAAAAAAAAUAAAACCCAAGACACACACCUGAUGCCCAAUACAAUCACUCACCACCCACUGGCCAAUGCCCAGCCCAUCCUCCACAGUGCCUGGCUCCUCUUGGCCAGCUCCUCCCAAUUUAUACUCUGAGCAUGAAAUCUUGUGGCAUGGAAUUCUCUUUUGACAAGACUGGGUCAGCUUUCUGUUUGUGCUCCAUCCUGUCCUCUUGUGCACCUGCCUGCUGGCAGAGCAUGGGAAAUAGAAAGUUCUUGACUCAGGGUAAGCCAUGCUUAGCCACAACUAAAACAUUGGUGUGUUAUCAACAUAUUUAUUCUCUUACUAAAUCCAAAACGCAGCACUGUACCUGCUGCUCAGAAGAAAAUUAACUAUAACCCAGCUGAAAUCAGGACAAAUAUUUCUGGAAAAUAAUCAUGGAAGUUACCAGCCUGUUCAGUCAGCUUUCCUUCCAAUGUUGAUUUUUAGUUGGCUGCAAAUACAAGUCCUCCUAUUCAGUUUCCUAUUCUGUUAAUACCAAUGGCAACAUCUCAGAUGGGCUUAGGGAUCUACAGAAGGGAAAUAGUCUCCUCCUUCCUCAGUAAACAAAUCCUGGGGCAGACUGAUGGCUCUAGGAAUCUAGGUUGCUACUUCCCUGCUGAAAGAAAUACCAAAAAUACCUACAGCUUUGUACUCCCCUGCAAAUUUGCACCAAACCCUGUAGUAAGCCUCCUGGAGGUAUUAUUGUCUAUUAGAGAUUUAAUGGUGUGAAGACUUGAUAGUGGGUACAUAGUAUGAGAGAAAAUUCUAUUGACAGUGACAGCAGUUGCUUAGGAAAAGUGUAUAGAGGUUAUGGAGACAUGAAAAAUAGAGGUUGUGAGCACUUGUGUACCAAGGUAUGGGUGUACAAGAUUUCUUUGUGCUUUUAAUUUAUAAACUCUGAUUUUACAUAUUUUACUUCUCUUUGUUACAAAGCAACCAAUUUAUCUUCAAAUUAGCUGAAAUAUGUUCUAAAAGCUUUGAAAACACAAUCUAGACAGUAUUGAUGUAUGGAGGUAAAGCAGACAACCCUGGUACUGAUGUACAAAACAUUUGGCAGAGUGGGAGAAUGGUGCAAGGUAAAAGGAGAGUUUGGAAACUACUGUGAAAUACAGCAGACUUUCUUGGUAGAGGCCACAAUGUCCAGGAAGAAAAGUACUUAUUACUGCUAAUGCAUUUUCUCCCAAACUGUCUCUCAUUAAAGUAAAUACUUAGCUGUCUGUCUCCAAAACAGCCCCUAUCAUUUUUUAAAUCCUUUCCUGUACAAGAAGCUUUUCAGAAAGCAGCACCAGGAAACAGUCAUGAAGGCAGUCUAAUGAUAGACCUGCAACUAUAUCUUGCUCUUCAGUCAAAGCUUAGUAUGGACAAA